CAAUGUCGUGGAACAGAAAAUGACUGGCUUGACAGUGCACAGUUUUGUAAGCAUCUUCGGCUGGAGAGGGUGCUGUUAUGUUUGACAUUGAACACCCAAAUCACACUAAAUUUGCAAUGUAAGGAUGAUGCCUUGCUAUUUAUGAGUUUGGUGAACAUUCGUCUUUGAUCUGACACAACAUAGCUCAUUCUACUGCACUCCGUAGAUAGACUACAGAAAGGCACCCUGCAGAACAGAUACAUUCAUCUUUCGGAGACCACUGUUCGGUGAUGGUUGCAAUAUCGCUUCGUUCGGGAACGAAGGACUUAUCAUAGUUGUGGCAUUGUAAAUUAAUAAUGGCAAAUAUAUCAUCAUUACCGCUUGGAAGACAGUGGACGACUACAUUAUCUGAUUUGCAGCUUGCUGAGAAAGCACCGAUUGCUUCAGACAACCGAGAGACAUACAUCUUUGAAUUGGACGGACAGCUCAGUUGCAACUCUGAUGGUGAUCCACUUGUUGCUGCAGCUGGAUCCAACAAUUCUAUUAAAAUAUAUUCAAGAAAUCGUCUUACAAAUGUAGCUCACCUAAAAGGACAUUCUGAGACCCUCACAGGUAUUCGGUUUGGUCACAGGAACCCAAACUUGGUCUACACCUCAUCCCGAGAUGGUACAGUCAGGUGCUGGGAUGUCAGAGCAAAGAAAAGCAAAGCACAACAAGUUUUCACAGGUUACCCUGGCAACAAAUUUACAAGUUUUGAUGUAAAUUGCACUGAUACUAUAGUAUGUGCUGGAACAGAGUCUGUAGGAGAAGACGCAUAUAUUAUAUUCUGGGAUUGUAGAUCUACCAAUCUCCUAGGCGCCUACAAAGAAUCACAUUCAGACGAUGUCACACAGGCAGGUCACAAUCAUUUUGUCAUACAACAGGUCAAAUUUCAUCCCACCAAUGCAGAUGCACUUGCUACGGGUUCCACCGAUGGUCUGGUAUGUGUUUUUGAUAUCAGUCAAAGAAGCGAGGAAAAUGCACUCGUUACAACCCUCAAUUCAGAAUCUUCAGUCAGUCGUAUGGACUGGUGUGGUGCUAAUAGUGAAUACAUUUAUUGUUUGACGCACACUGAACAAAUCAUGAUCUGGGAUGCAGUGGAGUCAACAAGAAUCACAAAAUUUGAUGAUAUUCGACAGAAUCUUGGCGAACGUGGUAUCGAAGUAGAAUAUUUAGUAGAUUGUUUCUAUAAUUCUUCGUUGAAGACGCUUGUCGUGCUCGGAGGCACUCAUAGUGGUAAUCUACGACUUCUAACUGUUGGAAAAGAGGUGUUACAUCCUGUGAACACGUUAAACGGAGGGCAUGGGUCAACUGUACGGUGUUUACAAUGGGAUAACUCGACUGAAAGUCUAAUAACUGGGGGAGAAGAUGGCAUGCUAUCACUAUGGACCAAAGAGGGGAAGAUUGAAGAAUUGUCCAAAGAGAGACCACAGAGGGAGACUAGGAAAGUCAGAACUAUGCACGCCGAAAAGUUGCCGAAGAAAAUGCAGCGGCUGAAGAUACGGCACACGACAAAACCCUACAAAAAGCAGUGCGAUGCCACAAAGUCACAGCAACGCGACAUCACAAUGCAAGUCCAGUGUGACAAUGCAAAGACGGUACAAUGUGACAAUGUAGUGGUACAUUGUGACAAUGCAGUGGUACAUUGUGACAACGCAGUAGGACAGACGGACAAUGACAAUGCUAACUGAUCGUUUAAAAGCAAUUACUAGCAGUUGCUGAGUUCUCGUAGUGAGCAGUUUUCAGCACAAUAGACAAAACAGUAAAACUAUUUGAUGUUGGUGGUCUUUGGGACCUACAAGUAUUUUCAAAUCUGCAUGUCAUGUGGAAACCACAAUGCAAAAUACAG